AUGCGUGUCUUGUCAACUCUAAGUCUGGCGGCCCUCUCGGCGCCGCUGGCUUCUGCUGCAUUUGAGGGAAACCUCAACUACCACAGCCCUUCGCUACGCCAUGUCAACCUCGGCAUCGACGUCCCCGUCGUGGCACGCCGCAGCCUGAAGCGUAGCGCCGUGCCCUUUGAGCCGUCCGAGCUUAACUUCACCCACGGCAUUGCCUCUGGCGACCCCUACCCGGACAGCGUCAUUCUCUGGACCCGAGUUGCCCCGUCUCUGGUUUCUGACAACAGCAACGUCACCGUGGAGGGAACCGUUGCUUUGUACAACCACGAGACCGAGAAGUACAUCAAGGCCGAUCCUAACCCGAUCUGUGUGGAGUGGAAAGUCUGGGAAAUCAAGUCCAACGGCACUCGCCCUGGUCACGGCCCCAACCCCCCUAAGAAGAACGCUGCAGCCCAAGGUACUGCUUACACGACAAGCGACAUUGACUACACUGUUAAGGUCGAGGCCAAGGGUCUUAAGCCGUUCACUGAUUACAACUACCAGUUCACGGUUUGCAAGUCUGACAACACCAGCCCGGUGGGAAGGACCAAGACUGCGCCUGCAGAUAAUUCCAAGCUAGACGAGCUCAAGUUGGCCGUAUUUUCGUGCAGCAACUUCCCCAAUGGUUAUUUCAACGCGUACGGCAAUGCCGCCCGGAAGGACCAGCAUGAUUAUGUGAUCCAUCUGGGUGACUACAUCUACGAGGGAGCCCAGGGGGGCGAGCGUGCACACGAACCCCCGCAUAUCAUCUUUAGCUUGUGGGACUACAGGACCCGCCAUGGACAGUACCGCACCGAUCCCGACCUACAACUCCUGGCUCAGAACUACGCUUGGAUGCCGACCUGGGAUGACCACGAGAUUGCCAACAACGGUUACCGUGAUGGAUUCAGUGCCUUGAACAACACGGAAGAGUCUUUCCGCACGGACGGCCCCUCCAUCACCGUCGACCAGCGCAAGAUGAAUGCGGUGCGGGCCUAUUUUGAGUGGAUGCCCAUCCGCCAAGUCGACCUCGACGACAACCUCCGGAUCUGGCGGUCCUUCAAGCUGGGCAGCCUCGUGGACCUGAUCAUCCUCGACACGCGCAACUACGACCGCAGCAUCACCAGCCUGGGGUGGAACGACCACUACAUCGACCUCAUCCGCGACGACGCCUCGCGCACGCUGAUGGGCUCGCGGCAGGAGAACUGGUUCUACAACCAGCUGACGGCGUCGUCGGAGCGCGGCGCCGCCUGGCGCAUCAUCGGCAGCCAGAUCAUCUUCUCCGAGAUCAGCAACAGCGGCGACAACUGGCAGGGCUACCUCGCCAACCGCAACCGCACCCUGCAGCACCUGUACGACAACGGGAUCGGCAACAACCUCUUCCUCGCCGGCGACAGCCACCAGAGCUGGGUCUCGGACGUCACCUGGCUCGGCAAGGCCGACUACGACUCCGAGACCGGCGAGGGCUCCGUCGGUGUCGAGUUCGCCGGCACCGCCGUCUCGUCCUCGGGCCAGAGCGGCCCGAUCCUCGCCGCGAGGGAGAAGGCCCGCGCCCAGGUCGAGGCCCACGAGGUGCUGCAGUGGCAGGAGGGGUACUACCGCGGGUACUUUGUCCUGCAGGUCCGCAAGGAGGGUGUGACGGCGCAGUACUUUGGUUCUCCGAGCGUCGCAACCCCCAACGCCUGGGACCUCCCGCUGGCCAACUUCACGGUCGCGUCUGGCAAGAACCACUUGUCGCGCCCCGUUGGCGGCGGAAAUGUCGAGGCUGGCUUCCUCCGCGGUGGC